AUCAACUUGAACAUCGCUUUCACAUCGUCAAUGGCUAGCAAAGCGAAAGGCUCAGAUGUAAAGGUCCUCAAAGGUCAAGAAGGUGAGGCCCAAUUGCUACUAUCUCAUACAUAUGUCGCUGCCAACCUCAAAGGUGCAGUGCCAAAGGCUACAACGCAGAAGAUCCUCGUCGCUCUAGCAGAAAAGGGGGAGAUUGUGCAGAAAACAUAUGGGAAAACGAGCUUCUUCGUUGCAAAUCAGGCUAGCAUUGACACGGUUCCUGCUGACAAGCUUACAGAACUCGAGCUCGAGUGCAAGACGGUCGAGGACACUAACAAUGCAUUCGCAGUAGAGGUCAAAGCUAUAACAGCAGAAAUAUCAAAACUCAAAAAUUGUCCAACGGACGAAGAACUCGAGGCCCAGAUUGGGAGCACGAAAAUGAAGUCAAUAGCGCAACUCACCGACAGACUCGUCCCACUGCGCUCUGGUGCACCGCUCAUUUCUGCUGAGGAACUUGUCAAGAUCGACGCCGACUGGACAAAGUGGCGAGCAGAAUGGAUUCGACGAAGAAAAGUAUUCAUGACUUUUUGGCAGCUUGCAACAGAUUCACUCCCACCCCAAGAAGCCGAGACGCUCCUCGAAGAUUUAGGGAUGGAGUUUGAUACUACAGAACACAAGAUACUCGAGAAGGGACCGUUGUGUGCUAUGCAAGGUGCAAACGUGCGUGGUAACCUCAAGAGGAAGCGGGAAUAGUCAUUCAUCUCAGCGUCUUGCACACCUAUCCGUUUAUUCAUGU